CAAAGACUUCGAUGAAAGGGGAAACUUCACAAUUCUUCCCCGGUCUCCAAUCUCCUCUUUCUCAAAACGCCUUUUCACAUCCCAUCGACGAAAAACCCUAGAAACUUCUCGUUGGCGGGACUUGCUGACUUUCAAAAAAAAUCGAAGGAAUUGAGAUCAAGAGGGGGACAUGAUGGCGAAGAAGAAGUCCGGUGACGUGUGGCCGCCGCCUCCGCCGGACGAGGAGCGGUGCGCGAGGAACGACGGCAAGGGCUGGCGCUGCAAGCAGAGGCGAGCUGAAGAGGGUACAAUGUGCGAUUAUCACUUGCAAUAUUCCCGAGAGAAGCUGAAGAAGGGAACCUCGAUGAAGAAGAAAGGGAGACCUGGGGUUAGGGUUUCGAGCGAAGAUGGCAGCAGUCGGCGUGUAUUAAGGAAGAAGGACCAAUCGAGAAGCGACGAGGAUGGUGAAGAAGAUGAGAACAGUGAAGAGGUACUGAAGGUUGUGCAAAAAAAUGCUUUGAGAAAGAAAAGAAGCUUGAUGCAGGAGAUCUCCGAGGAGAAGAGAGACUCGGAAAGCAGUGAAGAGGAGAAUCCUGCUGUCGAGGAGAGUAACAAUGAGAAAGUCAAACUCCGAGGAAAGCAGAGAAGGAGUUUGGGGAAAGCAAAGAAGAUAGAUUCAGGACAUAGUGAAGAGGAGGGGCCUUCAGACAAGCAGAGUAAUAUUGAGAAAGUCAAACUCCAAGGAAAGCCGAAAAGGAGUUCAGAGAAAGCAGAGAAGAGAGAUUUGGGGCAUAAUGAAGAGGAAAGUUCUGCUGACAUGCAUGGUGAAGAGGAAGUCAAACUUCGAAAGAAGCAUAAGAGGGGUUUGGAGAGAGCAGAGAAAACAAUGAGAAAGAUCAGAAGUCUUAUUGGUUCUAAAGGUUCUAGUGACAGAGAAGCAUCUGAGGGUUCUAGGAAGAAGCCACUGACGGGAGAACAUGCCCUCAUGUGCCAUCAGUGCCAAAGGAAUGACAAAGAAAGGGUUGUAUGGUGCUUGUCUUGCGAGAGGAAACGGUAUUGCAUCCCGUGUAUUAAGCGCUGGUAUCCAGAAUUAUCAGAGACUGAAUUUGCAACGAAAUGCCCAUUCUGUCGUAAUAACUGCAAUUGCAAGGCAUGCCUGCGUAUGAAAGGAAUUUCCAAGCCUCCAGUAAAGGAGAUUGAAGAAGCUGAAAAGUUAAGGCAUUAUUAUUAUAUUUUACGUUUCCUGCAUCCUUGGUUGAAAGAAUUACGGGAAGUACAGAUGAAAGAGAAGGAAAUUGAGGCUAAGAUUCUAGGUAUGGAAGCUACAAACCUGAAGGUGCAGAGAGCUGAUUGUGAAGUUGAUGAGCGUGUAUACUGCAACAAUUGCAGAACCUCUUUAGUUGAUUUUCACAGAAGCUGCCCUAGUUGUUCGUAUGACCUAUGCCUUAGCUGCUGCCAGGAACUUCGGGAGGGUCGCUUACCUGGGGGUGAUCUCAUGAGACUCCCACAAUAUCUUGAUAGAGGCAAAGGUUACUUGCAUGGGGGAGUUCCUUGUCCUGUUUCUGAAGACAAAGAUGGUGAAUAUGGCAAGCAACUUGUUUCUAAAGAAUUGGCAUUAAAGGAAUGGAAAGCUAAUAGUGAUGGAAGCAUUCCUUGCCCAGUGGAGGAGCUAGGCGGCUGCGGUAAUGCCCUUCUGAAGUUGAAGUGCAUGUUUGCUGAGGAACAACUUCUGGAGUUAGAGGAGAAGGCUAGUGCAAUUGUUGGCAGCAAUGAAUUUGCUGGACUAUGCUUGAAUUCUAAGAAUUGCUCCUGUUUUACUGAAGCUGGGCAGAUUAAUCUCGCCAGUAGUAUGUUGUGCAAGGCGGCAUGCAGAGAGGAUUCUAAUGAUAACUAUCUGUACUGCCCCACCGCUCGAGAUAUUCAACAUGGAGAAUUAGAACACUUCCAAAACCAUUGGGUUAAGGGUGAGCCAGUGAUUGUUCGUGAUGUCCUUGAGUUAACAUCAAGUCUAAGCUGGGAACCAAUGGUUAUGUGGCGGGCCCUACGGGAGACGACAAAGUCAAAAAAGUCAAAGGUUCAAAGCGAACAGUUAGCGGUGAAGGCAAUCGAUUGUUUAGACUGGUGUCAGGUGGAAAUAAACAUUCAUCAAUUCUUUAAAGGAUAUACUGAAGGAAGGGCUCACCAAAAUCGCUGGCCUGAGAUGCUUAAACUUAAGGAUUGGCCCCCAUCUAGCUCCUUUGAGGACCGUUUGCCACGACAUGGGGCUGAGUUUAUCACUGCUUUGCCAUUUCAAGAAUACACAGACCCAAAAUACGGCCCUCUUAAUCUGGCGGUGAAAUUGCCUAAAGAUUCUUUGAAACCGGACAUGGGCCCAAAAACAUAUAUUGCUUAUGGACUACCUGGAGAGUUGGGUCGGGGAGAUUCUGUUACAAAGCUUCAUUGUGAUAUGUCUGAUGCGGUAAAUGUUUUAACUCAUACAGCAGAAGUGAAACUUACAGCCUAUCAACUCGAGAAGAUAGAAGAGUUGAAAAAGAAACACAGAGAUCAAGAUAUCUCCGAGCAGCUUCAUACAGAACAAACUGAUCCAGAAGAUGAUAAAAAGAUCGUAGCCCCAAUCUUGGAGGAUUCUGUCGCAGAAGUCCAGACCACUGUCUCUGUUGUCGAGAAAGAUGAGUCCAUGCUCUCCUCUCCACCUCCCUCUCUGGAAAGUAAAUGGUGUACUAAUGAGAAAAAUGACAUUGUUUAUAGUAGGAAGAAACGAAAGAGUCCUGAACCUGCCGUGUGGGUGGAUGACUGCAUUGUAGCUAAUCUGCAAAGAGAAGAAAGAACUGAAAGCAAAUAUGGUAUUCCUGAAGACUCUGAGAAGCUAGCUCAGAGAAUAAACCCAAACCGUAGAAAGAGAAAAUCCAGAAAGACUGAAAUUACUGGUACCAAAAAGAGCAGAAAACAUUUUUCUAAUGCUAAUAGCACCGGAGCAAAUGGUUUUGAUGAUGAACUAGUAAAUGGUUCUGAUUCUGGUAACCCUGCACAUGAAAGAUGGAAGAAGGUCAUGGAAGAUUCUGAUGGCAUUAUGGAGCAACCACAGCCUGAAGGCGGUGCACUGUGGGAUAUUUUUAGAAGAGAAGAUGUAGGGAAGCUUCAAGAAUACCUUAGGGUGCAUUCUAGAGAGUUCAGACAUGUCCAUUGUUCUCCAGUAGAGCAGGUUGCUCAUCCUAUUCAUGACCAAUCUUUCUAUCUGACUCUGGAUCAUAAAAGAAGACUUAAGGAGGAAUUUGGUGUUGAGCCUUGGACAUUUGAGCAAAAGCGUGGUGAGGCCGUCUUCAUUCCAGCUGGAUGUCCCCAUCAAGUCAGAAACUUGAAGUCUUGUAUAAAAGUCGCCCUUGAUUUUGUAUCUCCUGAAAAUGUUCGCGAGUGUGUGAGAUUGACUGAAGAAUUUCGUGUACUUCCUCCGGAGCACUUGGCCAAGGAAGACAAAUUAGAGGUGAAAAAAAUGGCUCUUCAUACGCUGAUCCACGUUGUAAAUGAUGUACACAAUUACCAGUUAGAAAAAGAGUCUAAGGCUGAAGUUGAAAAGGAAACAGAACCUGGCAGUGUUGAGAGCCAAAGUGCGUCACAAUCAGCACCUCAGGAGUCAUCGUCACGCACUGAUAAUGAGUUAUGAAGAUGCUUCUACCUUAUACUACUACUUGGCUAACCCAUACUUUUGUAGGUUAUAUGUACAAACUUACUAUUCGUUAACUACAUACAGAACCUUAGAAUGUGGCUGCAGAAGAAUUGGGCGUGAAGCAUGUAUUUUUUUCUGUAAGAUCUGUAAAUUUUGUUAUAUUGUAUGUUUAGAUGGGUAUAGUGUCUUCAUAUGCUCAUGUUCUGAAUGUCGUCAGUGAUGAAUGCUUGAUUGAAGAAAGAGCCUGAAAUAUGUAACUAUCAUACUCAAUGAUGUUUAGUCAAUGGAUUUCUUGAAAGUUUCUAGA